AUGGGUCUCUUAAAUGAAUGUUCCAGAGGUCACUGGAACAUAAUUCGUCAAGAGCAUCCCAUUAGCGUGCUGUGCAAUACAAAACUGCUUACUGAUAGCAGCACCCUGGACGGAAGAGGCAACUUACCUCAGGAGGCCACUACCUUCAAGUCAACUUAUAAAAGUGAGGAAGGAAACCAUAUACCAAAAGCAGCAGCCAGGCCAAACAGAAAAUCAGACAGCAAAACUGUUACCUGUGGCGACAAUGUGAGCAAACAUGGUCAGAAGCUAAAGUGCCGCCGCCGCUCCUCUGUGGCGUUUUUUGCCGUGUGCGAUGGGCACGGCGGGCGGGAGGCGGCACAGUUUGCCCGGGAGCACUUAUGGGGUUUCAUCAAGAAGCAGAAGGGGUUCACCUCGUCCGAGCCCGCGAAGGUUUGCGCUGCCAUCCGCAAGGGCUUCCUCGCCUGUCACCUCGCCAUGUGGAAGAAACUGGCAGAAUGGCCAAAGACUAUGACGGGUCUUCCCAGCACGUCAGGGACAACGGCCAGUGUGGUCAUCAUACGGGGCAUGAAGAUGUAUGUAGCUCACGUGGGUGACUCAGGCGUGGUUCUUGGAAUUCAGGAUGACCCAAAGGAUGAUUUUGUCAGAGCUGUGGAAGUAACACAGGACCAUAAGCCAGAACUUCCCAAGGAAAGAGAACGAAUUGAAGGACUUGGUGGGAGUGUGAUGAACAAGUCUGGGGUGAAUCGUGUAGUUUGGAAACGACCUCGGCUCACUCAUAAUGGACCUGUUAGAAGGAGCACAGUUAUUGACCAGAUUCCUUUUCUGGCAGUAGCAAGAGCACUUGGUGAUUUGUGGAGCUAUGAUUUCUUCAGUGGUGAAUUUGUAGUGUCACCUGAACCAGACACAAGUGUUCACACUCUUGAUCCCCAGAAGCACAAGUAUAUCAUCUUGGGGAGUGAUGGGCUUUGGAAUAUGAUUCCACCUCAAGAUGCCAUCUCAAUGUGCCAGGACCAAGAGGAGAAAAAAUACAUGAUGGGUGGUGAGCAUGGACAAUCUUGUGCCAAAAUGCUUGUGAAUCGAGCACUAGGCCGCUGGAGGCAGCGCAUGCUUCGAGCAGAUAAUACCAGUGCCAUAGUAAUCUGUAUCUCUCCAGGAGUGGGUAGUCAGGGAAAUUUCACCAAUGAUGAUGAGCUCUAUCUGAACCUAACUGAUAGCCCUUCAUAUAAUAGUCAAGAAACCAGCCUGCGGACUCCUUCCCCAAGUUCUACACCACCAGUCAAGGUAUAUAGUUCUAUAGUAUUUAAGUUGUUUUAAUAGACAGAGUUUCUU